GGCCUCCAGGCUCCCUGCAACAUUCAUCAGCGCGAGCUCAGUGAGCACCAAGCAGAGACCAAGCCAGUGGGUGUUCCAAGAGCAUAGCCAGCCAGCCAACCACAAUGGCAGGAAACAUGCUAGAUAACUAUGUCCAGGUCUACGUCAUGCUCCCGCUGGAUGUCAUCAACGUCGACAACACGUUCGAGAAGACCGACGCGACGAGGGCGCAGCUGCAGAAGCUGGUGGAGGCCGGCGCCGACGGGGUCAUGAUCGACGUCUGGUGGGGGCUGGUGGAAGGGAAGGCGCCCGGGGUCUACGACUGGAGCGCCUACAAGCAGGUGUUCAAGCUGGUGCAGGAGGCCGGCCUGAAGCUGCAGGCCAUCAUGUCGUGCCACCAGUGCGGAGGCAACGUUGGCGACGUCGUCAACAUCCCGAUCCCGCAGUGGGUGCGGGACGUUGGCGAGGCCAACCCCGACAUCUUCUACACCAACCGGAGGAAGAUGAGGAACAUCGAGUACCUCACGCUUGGAGUGGACGACCAGCCUCUCUUCCAGGGGAGAACUGCAAUUCAGCUGUAUGCUGAUUACAUGAAGAGCUUCAGGGAGAACAUGGCAGAGUUCUUGGACGCUGGUGUCAUCGUGGACAUUGAGGUCGGACUUGGCCCUGCUGGAGAGAUGAGGUACCCCUCCUAUCCACAGAGCCAGGGAUGGGUGUACCCAGGCGUUGGAGAAUUCAUAUGCUAUGACAAGUACCUGGAAGCAGACUUCAAAGCUGCAGCAACAAAGGCUGGGCAUCCUGAGUGGGAAUUGCCUGAUGACGCUGGGGAGUACAACGACACUCCUGAGAAAACCCAGUUCUUUGCGGACAAUGGAACAUACCAGACCGAGAAGGGGAAAUUCUUCCUCACAUGGUAUUCCAACAAACUGAUCAAGCACGGCGAUAAGAUCUUGGACGAAGCAAACAAGGUCUUCCUGGGAUGCAGAGUGCAGCUGGCCAUCAAAAUCUCUGGCAUACACUGGUGGUACAGGGUUCCAAACCACGCAGCUGAGCUCACUGCCGGAUACUACAACUUAGAUGACAGAGACGGUUACAGAACCAUAGCGCACAUGCUCACAAGGCAUCAUGCUAGCAUGAACUUCACUUGUGCUGAGAUGAGGGACAAUGAACAGAGUUCGGAAGCAAAAAGUGCACCUGAGGAACUGGUUCAGCAGGUGCUGAGUGCUGGGUGGAGAGAGGGCCUACACAUAGCAUGCGAAAAUGCACUCAGUCGCUAUGAUGCAACAGCUUACAACACAAUCCUCAGGAAUGCAAGACCACAAGGAAUCAACAAAAAUGGCCCUCCUGAACACAAGUUGUAUGGGUUCACCUACCUCCGAGUAUCGAAUGAGCUCCUUGAAGGACAGAACUACGCCACUUUCAAAACUUUUGUCAGGAGAAUGCAUGCUAACCUGGAUUACAACGCAAAUAUCGAUCCAGUUGCACCUCUGGAAAGAUCAAAGCCAGAGAUACCAAUCGAAGAAAUCCUGGAAGUAGCACAGCCAAAGUUGGAGCCAUUUCCUUUCAUCGAGAACACAGAUCUACCAGUUAGUGACAACAAUCCAAAAAUGCAGUAUCUAUCGUUGUACAAAAUGCAACCUCCAGGGUGCAUAGAGUCUGCUACAGAUCAACCCGGGGCAGAGAGUGGUGACGAACACUUCCAGACACGUCAGAUAAGGUCACGGCGGCAGGCGACGCCACCACGUCCGUCUCAUAUAUUUUUUGCCACGCUGCCACCCAAGCCCGAGACUGCUCGACCGGAGAAGCCCACACAAGCCAGCCAAGGCCCCCGAGCUGAGAUGGCACAAGCCAUGGCGUCCAUGACCGGCCUCUCGCAGGGCGUGCUGCCCAGCAGGCGCGCCGCCGGCAGGGCCAGGACGGCAGUCGUCAGGGCGUCGGCCGAGGGCGAGGCCGCGGCGCAGGCUGGCCGCCGCGCCGUGCUCGGGCUGGUGGCGACCGGCAUCGUCGGCGGCGUCUUCACCCAGGCGGUGCGCGCCGACGAGGCCGUCAAGACCAUCAAGAUCGGCCCCCCGCCACCGCCCUCUGGGGGACUUCCCGGGACCUUGAACUCUGACCAGGCCAGGGACUUCGACCUCGCCUUGAAGGAGCGGUUCUACCUGCAGCCGCUGCCGCCAGCGGAGGCCGCAGCGAGGGCCAAGUCGUCGGCGCAGGACAUCCUCAACCUCAAGCCGCUCAUCGACAAGAAGGCGUGGCCUUACGUCAUGAACGACCUCCGCCUUCGGGCCUCCUACCUGCGCUACGACCUCAACACCGUCAUCGCCUCCAAGCCCAAGGAGGAGAAGAAGAGCCUCAAGGAGCUCACCGGCAAGCUCUUCAGCACCAUCGACGAUCUUGACCAUGCGGCAAAGAUCAAGAGCACCCCAGAGGCUGAGAAGUACUAUGCGGCGACCAAAUCUGCCCUCGAUGAUGUUUUGGCGAAGCUAGGCUAGAUGGAAUAUAAUGGGCUAAUGGCCAUGUAAUUUCAGACUUUUGUGUUUGUUCAUAAGGAGCCAGCAAUGUGCCAUUUCCUGUUGAUAUUAUAUCAACAAGCACUUUAACUAUGAUGCUGUCGUGAUGCCUUGACAA